AUGAUAGGUUGCGACGACUUCUGGGCUAAAGAGGCGGACGCUCCUCUGCUGAAUCGGAAUGCGGACUUUAUGAACAAAGAAAAUGCAGAGCAGAUCAUUGAAAGAGCACGGAAACUCGUGGACUUGGUUGAGGAGGGGGCUGGAACUGACAUUAGCGUCGAGCUCGUUCCCGAUUGCGGCGACGAAGGAGCAAGACGAAUUUUUGUUUUAGAUGCAGAAAGGACAUUCAAAGAUCCAAAGCACAGGGAGCAGAUGGUAUCUGUCUUGCAGUCUUUAUGGCCAGAGCUGCAGGAUUAUCAUCAGGGUCUGGGGUUUCUGGUCGCCUUCCUUCUGCUGUAUUUGCCCCCUAAAGACGUUGCGAAGGUUGCAGUCGGCCUGCACCGUCACUACGUGCCUGGAUAUUUCAAGUCUGCGCCUGCGGCAUACGUGCGUGAUGCCAGAGUAUAUCAGAAACUCGUGCACAAGUUCUUCCCGGACAUGGCAACAGCAAUCGAAGAUCUCACUUGCCCGGAGGCCUAUGUGUCCAAGUGGUUCAUUGGAAUGAACGUUCACGUGCUGACUUUCGAGGCGAUGAUGUUGUUUCUGGAAGCAUUUUUGGAAAAAAAGGAUACCUUUCUCUUUCAGUACGGCCUCGCCUUGCUGAAAAAUGUUCAGCGUGACUUGAUGGCGACGAAAGACGUCUCUAAAGUGCUUGCCAUAUUGCGACUCGACCAAUCGCUCUACCCAAACACGAAACGAGCUGAAGGGAGUGACGAGGCCGGUUCCUUCUUUACUCGGGUUGUUGAAGACGCUAUCAACUUUGAUCUAGGGGAUGCGAACAUCGAGAAGCUUAGGGAGGAGGCGCUGGAAGAGAUGCGAUUAGAAGAGGAAAAGCGAAAGGAACGCGAGAAGCAACUGGGACUCGACAGUGACGACGAAAUAGUCUUCUCCGACGAAGAAGAUGACUGA